AUGCAGCUGAACACCGCAUUCCAAAUUGGGUCUGGCGUGGCCCUUGCUAUCUCCGCAGCUACUACCCACGCCGUUGACAUCAAGCAUCACCAUGGUCUUCCGCAGCAAUACUCGACCGGUCUUUGGUGCUCGGCCGGCUUUGCUGGCCUGGGACUAGUGGCUGGACUGCUAACCGUGAGCCGAAAGGGCGCCGGGCCGGAAGACCGAAUCAGCGGGGAUGUAGUUGUUUGA